UAUAAUUCUACAUAGAAAAGGUUAAACAUCCAUACUGCAGGCCUUGCGAAUUUUUUUUCACUAUUUCUUGGUAUAUCUCGUAAGACUUUUUCAGAGGAAAUCAAUCAAUACUCCACUAUAGUCUAAUUGUAUUAUAGAAAUGACGAUAGUGGAUCAAUUGAAUGGUUUAUUGAUUGGAUUAAUUGUGGUGUUAGGAACCAAUUAUGUAAUUAAAGCUUAUUUUAAAUAUCAUAGAGAUGUUCAUGAAUUAUAUGUUCAAGAUCAAUCAGUAGUUGAAACAACGCGAUUACCCCAUGAAUCACCUAUUUAUAAAUCAAAUAAAUUAGAUCAUAAUUCAGGAUUAAGAAUUGGAUUAGAUAUUAGAUAUGAUCAUUAUAAAAUUAGACAUGGGAAUUUAAAUGAUAUUUGGACAAUUAUUUCUAGUGGUAAUAGUACUGAAAAUGGAAUUACAAUAAAUAAUGAAUUUAGAAGUUUUAGUAAAUUAAAUCAUCAAAUUAAACUUGUAUGUGAAUUCUUUAAUCAACAAAUUAAAAAUGUUCAUACCAUUAGAAUUAAUCAAAGAUUAUUCUUAAUUAAUUUAGAAGUAUUGGUAUUUAUUUUCAGUGCAUUUAUUAAUCAAAUAACUGUUGAAUUUUAUGAUUCUUCUAAAGUAUUUAAUAUAAAUGAUCAUGAUGAAGGUAUUUGGUGGUUAGUGGAUGAUGAAGAAUUAUUGAAUAUAACUUCUACUAAUUAUAUAAACAUUCAUGAUCAAACAAUUUAUAAACCAUUAUCAAAAGAUGAAUUAAUUACUCAUAAGUAUGAUUAUUCUUCUAGUAAAGAUAAAGGUGUAGCAGUUCGUAUUAUUGGAAGAACACUUUCAGGUAAUCCCAAUAUGACUACAACAGUUGAAUUCACUCAAUUGAAUUUAAUUAGUGCUAUUGCUUCUUCAUUAAAACAUUUACCAGAAAGUAAAGCUUUAUCAUCAAAGGAUACAGUAAUGAUCAUUCAAGAAAUAGAUUCUAGUAAAUUUUCAUCUUCAACAGGAUUAAUUAGUGAUUUAGUAAGAAUCUUAGCAUCCUUAACGGCUAAGGCUAGUGUUGAAAUUUAUAAUCAUAAAGAACCAACAUUGACAUGGAAGGAAUUGUUUGGAUUAGGAGUUACAGUACUUUCUAUCAGUACAGCCAAUAAACAUUUAACUUUAGAUACUAUUCUUAAAGAAAAUUCAAUCUUGAAUCCUAUCUAUCGGUUUACAAGAUACUUCCGAUUACAAUCACUUAAAAGUGGAAGAUUUCCUGGGAAUAAUGGAUUCCAACUGUUACGAUUAAUUUAUUUACAUUCACCAAUAACUCAACCUGUCAAAUACACACUAUAUGAAUUAAAUGAAUUCAGAAGUGAAACUUCAAGUAGAAUAAUUCGAGAAUUUUAUCAUUAUAGUUUAUCAGGACCAGUUAUUCAAAGUGAAUUUUAUGAUUAUAGACAAUUUCAAUUACCAAUUGGUUGUAAAGGUUGUGGAUGUUUAAGUCAAGCAUUAGAUAUUAAACUUGUAGAUAUUAAUGAAAAGAAUAAAAUUGGUAAUGUUGUGGUUCGUGGUUAUACUAUUGGUAAAACCACUAAUAAAUUUAUUAAUGAAAAUAGUUAUGAUGGUAGUAAUAAUAAUACUAGUAUACCAAAUAAUAAUGAUGGAUUUAUGCCCUUAACAAAUGUUAAAGGUAAAUGGGGUAAUGAUGGAUGUUUGUAUAUAUUUUAGAUACAAAAGUUUACACAAGUUUACAAAGUACAAAGUUUAUAAAA